ACAAACAACCCACAACAAUGGACAUUUUGGACGGAUUGCACAAAUUACUUCGCACAUAUAUUGCGUUGAACAUUUUCCUACUUGGAUCAUAUGUGAAGAUAUCAACAACCAUAAGUGUGUCUUGUCACAUAUCAAGAAACACUGUGGAGGUUGUAGAUGACUGUCCAGACAGUAAAGAGAAAUGGGGGGAGGCUGCAGCAAGAAAAAACUGUACAGUUUAUGCCAGUCAGUGUGAUAAACCCCAGCAACUUGUGUACCAUUGUGUCAUCAAUUCCUAUACAAAUGAAACACUAGAGUUGUGUGCUUAUGGAAAAUACAUAUUAUCAGGUUACUGCACAGAGUACAGUUUCCUGGGAAAUCGAAUUCAACAGAACUUCAGGACAAAUUGCACUCAGUUUAAGGAAAAUCCAUGCCCAAGUGGUUACCAUUCAACCGAAGCAUACAAAUACCCAGGCUGUUACAAGUUGACAAAAAAAAUGACGACACAACCUAUAUCCAAUCCAAAGAAAGGAGGGGUGAUAACAAUUGUGAACUCAACAGCACGUGCUUACGAUGAGGCUGAAACAAGAAAUAUAUCUAAAAUGAUUGAUAUGGAACGUCCAGCCGAUAAAGACGGUACAAAAAAUAACGUCAAUAUGACGUAUUGGUUAGUACCGUUAGUCAUAUCUAUUGUGGGUGCUGCAAUCGGAUUUGCAUACAUCAUGAGUACGAAGAGGACAACGUCUCCUAGAGAUAAUCUGGAAGAUAAUCAAGCGACGGUAUUCAUUUUUCAGUCCGCUGACUCUAACAUUUUUAAUGUAGUGAUAAAUAUUACGUAUCAAAACAUUUUUUUUGAAGUGCAGUGACAUACAAAUAACUGUGUAACGUUCAUCUUAUACAUUAUCCACAAAUGAUAUAAAAAUGCAUUAGUGGUUAGAAUCCCAACUAUAAAUGAUAUAAUUAUAUCAUUAACGAACUGCUUUGCCUACAUUUAUGAACAGAUUUUAAAGUUGACAUUAAGAUUCAAAACUCACAUCUACUAGCGAUAUAAAAGAAAAAGCAAAAUAAGGUAGCUAGGGACAGUUUUGGAAAAAUACCCGUCAAUUUGUUUGUAAAAUUGAGAUUUACUGUACUUGAUGGUUUAUGAGUAUUGCUGAAAUUCCCGAAAUUAUUUUUAAUACUUAUAAUUAGUUAGAAGGAUGUUUCUUCUUAAAAUUGAUUUGAAAUAUGUAAACCCCUAAUGUUAAGUACAUGAGAAUCAGAAGUAAAAUUCAAAUAAUGUGCCUAUUACUGUAGUGUUGACUUUAAACAGUGAAAUUGAAAGUUACAGACGAGGGGUAAAGUAAACGAAUGGUUGGUAGAUGCGACAUUUUAAACCAUACAGCGGAAAGUUUCCGACAUGAGAUGAUGCAAAACGGCACGGAAGUCAACCUUUUUCUAGGAAUAAGCUGGGGCGGUCUACAAAGCUGAAAUAUCAUGCACAAUCGGCGAAAUAUAAAAGGGUCGAAAUCUGAGAAAACCCACUGUGUAGAAAUUUAACACUAUCUGACUAAUAAUAUUCGUCAGACAUUAGGGAUUUACACUUCAAAACAUCGCCGACAUUUAAUGGCAGUUUUUAUUGCAUUAGUGUAUAAACUUUUACCGUUUAUGAUACAAUUAUGAAUGAUUAUGUACUGUUUUAAAUUUGCAUUUUUGCAAUAUAUUAAUGAACGACUAUGUAGCUCGUUAAUGUUAUAUCAUUAUAUCAAUAAAAACAAAAUGGUCAUGAUUCUGGUCCCUAAUGCAACUUGAUAUCAUUGCGGUAUUGACUCUGAAAACUCAUGUCUGUAUGAGAAUCCUCUGUUUUCCAUAUGUUUAACCUGAUCACCCCAUGUCUGCUUCUGUACACAUCCCCAGAGCCACUGUAGGCAUCCCCUGACUGUCACUGUAAACGUAUGUCUCCCACUGUAAAACACUGGCAUCCCCCAUUCAUUAUUUUAUCUAUACAAUAAUGCAUCUCACAUCUGUUAGUGUAUUUGUUUUAGUCUGAGCUUUUAAGUCAAUUUUUGCUCUUAACAGCGCCGACGCAAAGAUAUACAGUAAAACUGGGUUAUAGCGAGGUCAUAGGGACCAAUGGAAUUACUUCGUUAUUUCAAUAAUUCGUUAUAUCAGUAUAACGAAUUUGUAAUACAUGUAAUAUCUAAAGCGAAUUCACUAUAUACAUGUUUUCUUUCACCAGACUUUACUUUUUGCUAAUUUAGGCUUUAAAUAAAACUACAUUACUUUAUACAUUUAAUUUUGGAUUGUGAAUUGAAAAAAAUUAUAUAAGAAUAAAUUUAUUCAACGUAUUUUGUUAUACCCUUGUAAAACAGUUACUAUAUAACUCUAUACGAAAAAAAAACCAGCAUGUUGACUGUUGGACUGGAACUGUUAGAUUGGGACUGUUAAAAUCGACUGUAAAAAAAGACAGUUGACCGGUGACGUCACAUUCCGCAAAACCGUGUUAUUGAUUAGAAGGGUAUAACAAAACAGUUGUU